CGCGGCCAGACGCGCGCUGACCAGCGGGGCCCACGGCGCCGGGCGCGGCGAGCCACUCCGCGGCCCGGCCUCCCCGAGUCUGACGGGCUCUGUCCCCGGUGACCACCUCUGUCAGGCUCGGGCGUCGGCCCCCUGCUCGCUCCGGCUAGACUGUCGCGACGUCGGAGUAAUUCCGGAGUCUCCCACCGCCGCUUCUUCCCUGACCCAGGCCUCGGGAAAUUUGCCGCGGAAACGAAAGUAAAUUAAGUCUGGGUGCGUCUGCGCGGAAGGAGCGGCUGCCACAUCCAGGGCACAUCUCCGAAGGGGGAAAAAGUGGUGCAUUUUUGGACAUUCUGAGGAUUCAUAAGGAAACCAGACAUGUCCUUGGAUGACAUUAAGAUGAAAUCUAGUGACUUUUUGGAGAAGGAGCAUCUUGACAGCGGGGGCUUUGGAAAGGUGUCUUUGUGUUUACACAGAUCCCAUGGACUCGUAAUCCUGAAAAAGGUGUACACAGGCCCCAAGUGUACUGAGUACAACGAGUCCCUCCUUGAGGAGGGCAGGAUGAUGCACAGGCUGAGACAUAAUCGGGUGGUGAAGCUCCUGGGUGUCAUCUUAGAAGAAGGAAACUACUCUCUGGUGAUGGAGUACAUGGAAAAGGGCAACCUGAUGCAUGUUCUGAAAGCGGAGAUCAGUAUCCCCCUUUCUGUAAAAGGAAGGAUAAUUAUGGAAACCAUUGAAGGAAUGUGCUACUUACAUGGAGAAGGAGUAAUACACAAGGACCUAAAGCCUGAAAAUAUCCUCGUUGAUGAUGACUUUCACAUUAAGAUAGCUGAUCUUGGCGUGGCUUCCUUUAAGACGUGGAGUAAACUGACUAAAGAAGAAAAUAAUGAGCAGAGAAAAAUGAAUAAUAGCGCCCCUAAGAAAAAUGGUGGAACCCUCUGCUACAUGGCCCCUGAGCAUCUGAAUGACAUCAACGCAAAACCCUCAGAGAAGUCAGAUGUAUACAGCUUUGGCAUAGUACUUUGGGCAAUAUUUGCGAAUAAGGAGCCAUAUGAAAAUGCUAUCUGUGAGCAGCAGUUGAUAAUGUGCAUUAAAUCUGGGAACAGACCAAAUGUGGAAGACAUCAUUGAGUACUGCCCAGAGGAGAUUAUCAGCAUCAUGAAGCAGUGCUGGGAGGCGGAUCCAGAAGUUCGGCCAACAUUUGCUGGUAUUGAAGAAAAAUUUAGGCCUUUUUAUGUAGAUCAAUUAGAAGAAAAUGUAGAAGAGGAUGUGACAAGUUUAAAGAAAGAGUAUCCAGACCAAAAUUCAUUUGUGAAGAGAAUGCAUUCUCUCCAGAUUGACUGUAUAGCAAUACCUCCAAGCAGGUCAAAUUCAGCCCCAGAACAGCCCAGUUCUCUGCACAGUUCACAAGGACUUGGGAUGGGCCCUGUGGAGGAAUCCUGGUUUGCUCCCUCCGUAGAGUACCAGCAGGAGGAGAAUGAGCUCAGCUUGCAGAGUAAACUCCAGGAGGAAGCCAACUACCAUCUUUAUGGCAGCCGCAUGGACAGGCAGACAAAGCCACUCAGACAGAAUAUGGUUUAUAAUAGAGAGGAGGAAAGGAGACGAAGGGUCUCCCAUGACCCGUUUGCACAGCAGAAACCCUAUGAGAAUGUUCAGAACCCAGGAGUAAAAGGCAUUCCUUAUUCCAGUGCAACCGGUCAUGGUAAUGCAGUACACCAACCAACAGGGCUAACCAGCCAACCUCAAGUACUAUACUGGAACAAUGGAUUGUACAAUCUGUAUGGUUUGGGAGCAAGACCGUUGGAUCUGGGAACACCAAGUCCAAGAGUUUGGUAUGGACCAAAUCCAAGCCAUAUGCCAAGUGUGCAUAAAACUCCGGUGCCUGAGACCAACCUACUGGGAAACACACCCACCAUCCCAUUCAGCUCUUUGCCAUCAAGAGAUGAGUCUAUAAAAUGUAACAUAUACAACAGCGCUGGCAUUCAGGUUGGAGACCAUAAUUAUAUGGAGAUUGGGGGAUUGAAUUCAACACUACUGGAAAGCACACACGUGAACUUGAAAGAAGAGCCAGCUUCUAAGUACCAAGAUAUCUUUGAUAAUAUCACUAGUCUGACUGAUAAACAUCUGGACCCAGUCAGGGAAAAUCUGGGAAGGCAAUGGAAAAACUGUGCACGUAAGCUGGGCUUCACUGAAUCUCAGAUUGAUGAAAUUGACCAUGACUAUGAGCGAGAUGGACUAAAAGAAAAGGUUUACCAGAUGCUCCAAAAGUGGCUGAUGAGAGAAGGCAGUAAGGGAGCCACAGUAGGAAAGCUGGCCUAUGCACUCUACCAGUGUUCAAGAAUAGACCUUCUGAAUUAUUUGAUACACAUCAGCCAGAGCUAAUUCCAGAAAAGGCUUUGGCAGCAUAAGGUAAUCUCACUUAGUAACACAGUGAAAAUGUGCUGCCUCAGAAUGUUCAGAAUUCUUUCCUUCCUGAUAGAGGUUCUAUGUCUGCAUAAAAUUCUCCUGCAUCCCAUAGCUGGAGCAUGGGAAAGAAAUCUACAGCAAACAACCCACUAACCAGGAAGACCUAUUAAUGGUCAAGCCCCGCCCCCCCCCCCAAAAGCCUAAUUGGGUUUUGAAAGGGAGAGGAGAGGUAUUUGAGGAAGAUAAUUUUCUUUCAGUAUAUUCCAUAACCUUCAGUGAUGCUAUUCAUUUCAUUUCCUGGAGUUUUGUUUGAGAAGGAAAAGCAAAUUCAGAGAAAUGUAAACUAAGUCAACUUUCUUACCUUAUGCUCUCUUCUCCAUGUAGGCUCCAAUUAUAACCAGAGUACAGUGAAAUUGCGAGUUCUCUUCAAAUAGUUUUUUUUUUUUUUAUUAAAACUACAGUUCAUUCCAAAGCUAUAAGGUCUGUUAACUUCAGUAUCAAAUGUUGUAUCAGUCACUACAGGCUUUAAAAAUUACAUGCAAUCACCACUCCAUAAAUUAGCUGAAUGGAUUUUAAGGAGUAAGGAGAAAAAAAAAUAGAGAACAAAAAUAUCAGAAUUUUCCAUUUGUUGCAAGGAAUUGCUGUUAAUUGUGGUUAACUACAAAAAUUUUUGACUAAGUUUUUAAGUUCUUUCCUAGCAUUCUGAUACCUUAUGUAUUUUCCCAAACUCUGCCCUGAAGAGGGAGCAUGUAUGCUCUGACUGGAGCUUUGGGGCUGAUCACUGUUGAGCAGCUUCCUCAGUUUACCCCAGGAUUCUGUAGAAAUUUCUUCUUUUUGUGUGUGUGUGAACUGUGAUGUCAAAAAAGGACUGCUUCAAAGCUUGGUCACUGUGCCUUUAGCUAGCAUCAUUCAAAGUCCUCCUGAAACUCAGGAAUGAGUGAAGGAACCAGAAGACCAGAAGACUGAAGCCAGGCAGGCCAUCCAGUAUCACUGUCUGCACUUUGAUAAACAGAGAGGGUAUGUCAUUGUGCUUAGCCCUUCCAGGAGGGAGAGAAGGAUGCAGCAUGGUGACUCCGGCUGUCAGAACAGAUUCUAGGAACUGGUGAUUGAUAACAGUAUUGUGGUUCUGGUUCUAAAUCCCCUCUGGCCCUAAAUGAUAUACAUACACACACACACCCCUGAGGUGGGACUGUAAAACAGGAUUUCUCAACUUCUGCACUAUUGGGAUCUUGGGCCAGGUAAUUCUUUCUUGUGGGGGCUGCCCUGUGCAUUGGAGGAUUUGGAUGUUUGAAAGUGCCCUCUACCUGCUAGAAGCCAAUAGUGCUGUUCUCCCCUACUCUAUCUUCAGUUGUGACAAGACACUGCCACAUACAUGUUCCCUGGAAGUGCAAAACCGCCCCCGGUUGAGAAGAGCAGUGCCAUAAAGUAAUGAACCUCAGCCCCUUAUCCACAGAUAUCCAGGCUCACUAUUAGUUGCCACAUAGCAUUCGAUCACAUAGACCAAAAGGAAAAUUGAACGGGGAAAGAGUCCCAGGCUUUGCUGGGGUGGGGGUGAGGGUGGAGGUGGAUCAUUGCUUUUCUAAAUGUAUCCCUUGUACCUCUGUCCUCUAACAGUAUUUAAAUUCUCUAAAUUCCCAAGAGAUUGAAUGAUCAAUGUUUUAAGAGGCAAAAAUGGAAUGUAUUUUUAAUGGCCUUCUAAAAAUAAAAUUUUGUACCUCAAAUAUAA